AUGUCCAACACAUGCCCCUACUGUAUCGCCCCAAUCUUCACGCAGUCCAAAUCGGUCCACCAGCCUUUGGCCCUAUGCGGCCCUACUGGUCAGGCGGAGCGCGCCGGCGGCUACCCCCAGGUUCAGCGUCCCUCGCUGUUGGCUUACGCCGAGUACAAGGACCGGGUUAGAAGCAGCUGCUCGAAAGUGGCGCAGGCCCAUGGUGAGAGGACAUUGAAAUUGGCAAGCCGUCCAUCUUCCGCCGGUCGCCUGGCUACUCUUCCGGGCCAGACGCUGCCAGUCCAUGGUGUCAAGGCCAUCGUCCCAACUUCCAAGGUGGAAAUUCCACUACCUCGUCUCUGA